GGAAGUCGCAAGCGAGCCGGGGUUGGGACGCAACCUUCUUUUGUCCUUUGCGUCCGAUCUCUCUUCUUCUACUCCUCUUCUACUCUUCUUCUCCCUUAGCACCCUGACCCGACCCUUCUUCUUACCCCAACUGCUCGCACACAUAACUCUCCUUCAAGCAUCAAAAAAAACAAAAUAAGAUAUAUAUCCUGACCAAUGGCGCAAACGCAAACCACCAAGGAUCUCGCUGCUGCCAGGGCAAAGACCAGCUUCCCUGUUGCUGACCUUACUCGAUACAUCCACGGCUCAGAUGCACAGAUUGCCAGACGAAGGAAGCUUGCUAAUUUAGUAGCAAACGACCCCGUCUUUAGUAACGAGGCCAGAGUGGGUCUGAGCCGAGUCCAGGACGUGAAACAGGGCUUGGCCAUGAGUCUACGUCUGUACCAGCUCAAGGAAGAGCACAACCUCACCCAGGAAGAGUUUCUGAUGUGCAUGGACUUUGCGGAUGAACUCUUGCCUAUCGGACUCCAUGAAACAGCUUUCGUCCCUAUCAUCUAUGCCCAGGGAACAGACGAGCAGGCCAAGUACUGGGGUCCCUUAGCAGAGAAGCAUCAGAUCAUCGGUUGCUACGCGCAAACUGAGCUCGGUCAUGGCAGUAACUUGUCGCAGCUCGAGACAACAGCGACGCUCAACAAGGACGCGGACCAGUGGAUCAUCCACAGCACCUCGUUCACAGCUUCCAAGUGGUGGAUUGGCGGUCUCGGAGCCAUUGCGACCCAUGCGCUCAUCCAGGCACGUCUUAUCAUCGACGGAAAGGACUAUGGGGCUCACGGAUUCAUCGUUCCACUCCGCUCGCUUAAGGACCACCGUCCCUUCCCUGGGGUCAAGGUCGGAGACAUCGGACCCAAAGCAUACGGCGGAUUCUCCAAAAUCGAUAACGGCUUUGUCCGCUUCGAACACUACGCAAUUCCUCGGGAAAAUAUGCUGAUGCGCUUUGCCAAAGUGACCCGAGACGGACAAUAUAUCAAGCCGCCCCACAGCAAGCUUGCGUAUGGUUCGAUGGUUUUGCUCCGCUCUCAUAUGGUUCGCGGGGCAGCUUUGACACUUGCCCGCGCUGUAACCAUUGCGACUCGUUACACAACAGUGCGCCGCCAGUUCCAUGUGCCUACUAGUCGCAAGGACGCUGCCAACCCAAACCUAGAGACCCAGGUCAUCAACUACCCCAUGGUCCAGGCCCGUCUGUUCCCUAUGAUUGCUCAGAUCUACGCGAUCCUGGCUGCUGGCAAUAAGAUGCGCAGCAUGUAUGAGAGUAUGCUGUCGGAACUCAUGGGCGGCGACAUCUCCUCGCUCGCAGAAGUGCACGCCAUCAGCUCGGGUCUCAAGAGUACCUGUACCACCAUGGCAGCCACAGGUGUCGAGGACUGCAGAAAACUAAUGGGCGGACACGGCUACUCGUACUUUAGCGGCAUCUCCCAUCUCUGGGCCACCUACGUUCCCUCCAACACCUAUGAGGGCGACAACUUCUUGUUGACUCAACAGUCGGCAAGGUAUUUGUUAAAGCAGAUCAAGGUCGCGACGACGGACCCCGAAAAGGUCACACCGUUUUCUAAGUAUGUCAUCAAGACAAUCGAUCAGGAUGCAUUCCAGGCCGAGCGCUGCACUGUCCAGGAUGCGUCGGACUGGCUGAAGGCCGAAGUCCAGUUGGCCGCCUUUGAACACCGUGCUGGCCGCCUUGUUGCCGACCUCGGCUUGGCUGUCUUCCAGGAGAAUGUUGUCUGGAGCGAUCUCAACCUUGAAUCCUGGAGACUGUGCCAUGCCCAUUCGCAAUAUGUCCUAGCCAGAUCCGCGAUCGAGGCCCUAACUUUGGCUAAGGAACAGGGUCGGUCACCCGAAACGAUUCUUGUUCUGAAGCGUCUCUCAGACCUUUUCGCGCUGCACACAAUCCAGACGUCCUUGGGAGACUAUCUUGAGGACUAUUACCUCUCACCAAAGCAGUGCCAGACCCUCCGCCAGCAGAUCAAGAGUCUUCAGGAGGCCUUGGCAGAUGAUGUCGUCGGACUCGUUGACGCUUUUGACUUUUCGGAUCACUAUCUCGGCAGUGCUCUCGGCAGUGCGGAUGGCGAUGCCUAUAAGCGGCUCUGGGAUAGUGCGCAAAGGGAGGAAAUUAACCAGACAGAAGUCGUCGAUGGCUACAAAGAAUACAUCGUUCCCAUCCUCAACCAGCAUGGCCCCGCCAAGCUCUAGCGUGACAUUAAUUGAUAUCUCACAAAGAUAUAAUAAAACUAGAUUGUUU